UUUAGUACAUUUUUUAAUCAAAAUUUUUAUCACCGAUUUUAUAUAAAUGAUUAACAAUUUGGUGUCAUCUUGAUUCCGACUCAUCACCGUGUAAAUUGUGUCUCGGCUAAAAACUGUCAAAAAAUCUGCGAGUUCAGCUCACCAAAACAUUUUGAGAUCGCGAAUCUGCGAGCGCUCAUCGAAUUUUGUGUGUCCCCACAAUCCGGGGAUUUGGACCGAAAUUGAUACAAUGUACCAUCGCAUCCCAAGGAUUCUUUCACUGGGACGGACCGGCCAAAGUGAAGGCCGCCAUCGUUUGGUCAGCACCUGGUCCCCGCUCACUACGGCCUUCAACACAAGGCCGGAGAAACGAAUCAACUUUACCAAAAAUGAAGUGGGUCUCUUCACAAUACCGGAGCUGACCAGUUAUGAGGGCUUCUACUCGCUGAAGGAAAAAGCUAUCUUCAAAACGGAAGAUCUCAUUAAGGAGGCCACUUCCAGUGAGCGGUCCCGUAAAAUGGUGACGAUUUUCGAUGAGCUUUCCGAUACGCUGUGCAAGGUGGCAGAUUUGGCUGAGUUUAUUCGACUGGCCCAUCCGCAGAACAAUUUCAGCCGGGCUGCCGAGGAUGCUUGCAUCAGUAUCAGCGGAAUUGUGGAGAAGCUAAAUACUCACAAACCGCUUUACAAAGCCUUGAAGGCAGUUGUUGAAGGAGGUGAUAUGCUAGAGACCAGUGACGUGGAUCGUCAUGUGGCGGAACUGUUUCUGUUCGAUUUCGAACAGAGCGGAAUACACUUGGCAGAGGAAGACCGAAAAAAGGUAGUGUACUUGAACGAUUGCAUUCUUCAAAUUGGGCAACGAUUCAUGGCUGGAGCGGUCCAUCCUAGAACAAUUAAUAAAAGCAUUUUGCCCGAUGAGAUAAGACCGUUUUUCUCUAUGGAUGGAGACAAGGUCUUGGUGUCGGGUCUAUACGCGGAUUCGUCAAACAACAUGGUUCGCGAGGCUGCAUACCGUUUGUUUCUAUUUCCGGACCAAGAGCAAGAACAGCUGUUGGUGGAAUUGUUGACCGGUAGACACCAGCUAGCAAGAACUUGCGGGUUUGAGACCUAUGCACAUCGAGCUUUGAAAGCUAGUACAGUCGAGACACCGGAAAUGGUCAACGAGUUCCUGUGUACGCUAAAUGAACAAUUAAGACCACGAGCUGAGAAAGAUUUUGCCUUAAUGCAAAAAAUGAAGAACGUGGAAAGUAGUGUCAGUACUCCUUUGGCAUCCUGGGACACGCCUUAUUUUACUUCGACGCUUAAAAAACAAUGUCUUCAAGCGUCGGCGUCUGAAUUUUCACCUUACUUUAGUUUAGGUGCAUGUAUGGAGGGUUUGAAUUUGCUCAUGAAUAGUUUGUACGGAAUAACGUUGAAAAAUACUGAAUUGGAACCGGGUGAAAGUUGGUCCCACGACAUUUACAAGCUAGCUGUAAUGCACGAAACCGAAGGUUUACUCGGAUAUAUUUACUGUGAUUUAUUUGAAAGACAAGGCAAACCCAAUCAAGACUGCCACUUUACCAUUCAAGGAGGAAAGGUGCUGGCCGAUGGAAGUUACCAGAACCCAAUUGUGGUAGUGAUGUUGAACCUUUCGCAGCCACGAUGGUCCGGUCCAACGCUACUCACUCCAUCGAUGGUCGAUAAUCUUUUCCACGAAAUGGGACAUGCAAUGCACUCGAUGUUAGCUCGCACCGAGUAUCAACACGUGACUGGAACUCGUUGUAGUACAGAUUUUGCCGAAGUACCCUCAGUCCUCAUGGAAUAUUUUGCCAGCGACCCUAGGGUACUACGAACUUUUGCAAAACACUUCCAGACACAGGAACCCAUCCCAGACGAUAUGCUUGAAAGACUUUGUGCAUCCAAACAUCUUUUCUCUUCGAGCGAAACGCAACUUCAAUUGUUUUACUCAGCACUCGAUCAGGUCUACCACGGAGAUCCCGCCAAGCAUGGAAGCAACACAACAGAAACCCUCCAAAACGUUCAGCAAGAAUUUUACGGGCUCCCAUACGUCAAGAACACCGCAUGGCAGUUGCGAUUUUCCCACCUGGUUGGGUACGGUGCAAAGUACUACUCCUAUCUAAUAUCCCGGGCCGUUGCCUCGUGGAUUUGGCAAACGUAUUUUGAGAAAGACCCCCUCAGCCGAUCCCAGGGUGAAAAAUAUCGCCGCGGUUGCCUGGCAUAUGGUGGAGGAAUCCCUAGCCGACUGCUGGUGUCCAACUUCCUGGGACGAGAAGUGACACCGAACAAUUUGACGAAGAGUUUGAUCAACGAAAUCGAUGGCUACAGCGAGCGAUUACGAGGCUUACGAACGUCAUUUUAAGUAACUGUUUAGGUUGAAAAUUAUAAAUUGUUGUUCGCAAUAAAGAUUGGUCUUAUUCAAAACUA